AUGGUCCUACUUGUAUUUCUUUGGGGCAGUAAAUCCAAAUAAUACUUCCGGUUUAAACGCGGAAAUUUCAAAUUACUUUUUCCUUCAGAUUUUGUUAUAUGAUAAUAAGUUUCUCAAGUCUUUCAAUUCAAACUAGAUUAAAAUUAUUUACAGUUACAAACAAAGAAAUUGUAUUCAAGAAUGUCGGGUGAAGUUGAUCUUGCGUCACAGCUGCAUACCUGGGCAGUGAAGGAGAUGCAUUUCUACUCACAGGGGGCAUCAACGAAAACCAAUAUACCAACAGUGGAAGAUUUUAAAAUGUUAUGUAAGGGUCCAAAUGCAGCUAUAUGGAAGUGGGUUAUAGCACAUGUACGCUCCACUGAGACUGUGAGAACUGUAAAAGGAAAUCUUGCCCUUAAGAGCAAGACCUCCAGACAGUCAUAUAGAGUAAAGUAUGGUGAGAGUGGGGAGCAGUUUGAGCAGACUAAACAUGACUUACUGGAUAGGAGAGCUGCUCUGUCAGGGGAGAUAACUACUACUCUCAGGGAUAUAGGACACCUGGAACAUGAAGUUGAAAGAAUUACAACAGAUAUCUCAGAAACAGAACAUGCAUACGAGAAAGAGAAGGACUGUGUUAACAAUACACGAAGAAAGGCAGCACUGUUACAGGUGUAUUCUCAGAGCUGUACAGAUAUGAUGUCACAGUACGGAGAAUACAGCAAAGUUAUCAAUGCCAAAGUUAAUAACAUCAAACAGAGAGCACAAAAGACAUUAGAGAGAGAAGAGUACUACAGUAGAGAGACUGCUGAUCAUGAUCCUGAUAGUGACACUGAUACUCCAGCCCUGGAAACUUCCUCCGCAAAACAUGUAAGAGAAUGUUGUGAAGAUAUUGGUGGAUUCCUACAAGAUACAUUGAAAGGUGCUUUUGGUGGUGAUAAAACACAGUUCACAAAGAGAAAAGAGCCGCUGUGGCAGAAGGUUGAGCAGGUGUCAGGAACAUUCUCAGCUGACCAGAUACUGACCAGUCUGCUGACCAACACCCGGGAUACAACAGCUGCAUUGAAAACAAUGACCAGUAAAGUGGACAUCAGACGAGAUGCUCAAAACCUCAGAUUUAGAUAUGAACCUAGUGGAGAUGUACAGGACCUAGCUAAACCCCCGUCGUUGUUGAGAAGUGUUCAUCAAUUACUUCAGGAACGAGCCAAUGAGCAUCUUCAACGAUUUAUACAGUCACAGAAAUAUGCAAAUGAGGCGAGAAAUUUGGAAGAAUCGAUAGCUGCUUUAAAGGGGCAAAUAGAGAAAAGAUUACAGAAAUUGUUCUCUCAGAAAACAGCUGACUUUACUUUGGCAAGGAAUCUGAUUGAGGCUGAGCUGGAGUUGGAUGGUUACAGAGCUUCUCUUCACUGUCUGAACUCAGAAGCAGAAAGUUUGAAAGAGAUAGUAGAGUGUAGCUAUAGGGAGAGACAGCAACUGUUUACAAAAUAUCACAGGAUACAGGAAUUUCAGGAACUUACAGACAAGAAGCAGAAUGUGAUACAGGUAUUGGUAAAACAGAACAUAAACUCCCAGUCCAGGCUUGAUGCACAAAUCGAUGAGAUAGACCAGUAUAUA